AUGGGGUUCGAGGAAGGAGUAACGACGAACGUCAAAGGCUCGGCUGAGGAUGUCGCCGACCCCAGAUCGGGUACGACGCAGGACAAGCAGGACAUGUGGCGUGUUGGUCGCAACCAAGAAUUGAACAGAAACUUCCGCUUCCUUUCCGUUCUGGGCUUCACAGCGGUACUUAUGUGCACAUGGGAAGCCGUCCUUUUUGGUUCAUCCUAUGGCUUGACUGAUGGCGGCAAAGGUGGGAUGAUCUAUACCUACCUAGGCGCCCUAGUAGGGUUCAGCUUCGUUAUCCUUUCCAUGGCUGAGAUGGCAUCCAUGGCCCCUACUUCUGGUGGGCAAUAUCACUGGGUGUCGGAGUUUGCUCCCCCAGGUUCCCAGGCUGUAUUAAGUUACAUGACUGGUUGGAUUUGUGUCUUGGGAUGGCACACCGGUAUCGCAGGAUGCUGUUAUACUGUCGCUAAUAUGAUGGUUGGUAUUGUUGCCAUCAACUAUCCUGAUACCUAUGAGUAUCAGCCAUACCAUGUCACGCUGCUUGUGAUUGCCGUGGCUGCGGUGGCCAUGUUGUUCAAUACCUUCCUAGCCCAGAAGCUGCCCAUGAUUGAGGGAAUCAUCCUGAUCGUCCAUGUGUUUGGCUUUUUUGGGUAUCUUGAUUCCUCUCUGGGUGCUUUCUCCCACCGUCCCUCCCUCCGAGGUGUUUGGUUCUAUCGAAGAUCGAGGUGGAUGGGGAAACAAUGGGCUUUCCUGUCUGGUUGGACUGAUUGGACCCAUUUAUGCUUUGAUCGGUAUGUGCAGCAUAAGGCUUUUUACCACUUGAAAUUUACUAACAGCCUCACAGGCCCCGACUCCGCAGUCCAUAUGUGCAUGGUCUGGACGCUGAUCCUAAACGGCUCCACUGGCUUCGUCAUGAUUGUUACUCUCGCAUUUUGCGUCGGCGACAUCGACGAAGUCCUCGCUUCCACGACAGGCUUCCCCUUCAUCCAGGUCUUCCUCAACUCCACAGGAUCAGUCCGCGCAACAACCGGAAUGACAGUGGUGAUCAUGAUCAUGCAAUUCUGCGCUGCGAUCAGUAACGUCGCGACAACCUCCCGCCAGAUCUACUCUUUCGCUCGUGACAAAGGUCUUCCUUUCUCCGAUUUCUUCGCGACUGUCAACCCAACUUUCACCGUGCCUCUUAAUGCUCUAUGCGUGAGCCUGGUAAUCGUCUCACUCCUAUCCCUCAUCAACAUUGGAUCCUCGGUGGCUUUCAACGCCAUUAUGUCUCUCGGUACUGCCGCACUCCUCUCCUCCUAUAUUAUUUCUAUCUCCUGUGUUCGUCUCCGACGCUGGCGGGGCCAGCCUCUGCCUCCAGCACGCUGGAGCAUGGGCAAGUUCACACCUAUCUGCGACACGAUCUCUAUCAUCGUCUUGUUGGUGAUCUGGGUCUUCUGUUUCUUCCCUCUAAAUAAGAAGGUGACACCGUCUAAUAUGAACUGGGCUGUGGUAAUCUACGGCGCGGUCAUUCUCGGUUCAAUGGGCUACUAUAUGCUUCGUGGCCACAAGUCCUAUAAGGGCCCCGUGACCCGGGUGAAAAUGACUUAG